ACAAAUCAACCAAAAAUCCAAAUAUUCUUCAGUAUUCAGUGAUUCAAUUAAAAUCUAAGUAUUUAUCUUUAGCAAAGAAACAAAGAAACAACAAAAUUGAAAAACUUCAAUCAAUUGUACCUAUAAUGGCUCAGUUAUGCAUACUUGUCUUCACUUGACUUGACUUGAGAAGUGUCACAUAACGAUUCUGUUUAAUGAAUUUUCUGUAAAAGUGAUUAGCCAACACCUAAUCGAACAUAACUUUACUUGCAAGUCUGUUGAAUUUUGAUUUUCUACGGAAAGUCCAAGUGAGAUUUAAUAUUAGUGAUGCCACUUGCGUUUGUUUACUUGAUUUUGACAAUUCUCUUCACACACUUGACAUUUAAUCAAGCACAGACGCUUGGCGCUUUUUUGGAUUUUGACAAAAAAAUGAUUGACGAGGAGCGGUUGAUUGACUUGGUGCGUGACAAUGAAGUCCUGUACAAUAAAACCUGCGUGGGCUCCAGGUUGCCAGCAAAGAAGUUGGCGGCUUGGGCUGCAAUAUCGCGGGAGCUUGGCGCGACAGGCUUGUGUAAAAAUCCUAAAUUGGAGUUGUAUGAACAAUAUCCUUUUACGUUUUUAGAAGAGCAGUGUACCAAGCGCUGGAUUUCACUACGUGAGCGAUAUACCCGCGAAUUGCGGAAGCUUGACGCCCCGUCAGGAAGUGCGGCGGCUUCGCAGCCGACCUGGCACUUCUCAACCAAUAUGGCUUUCCUUAAGCCGUUCAUAGCGCCAAGACCCACUCGAUGCACUAUAAAUAUUCUGGACACAAGCUAUGAAAGCACGCUGUCUGAGCAAUCUCCGCAAUCGCCGCUUCUGCUUCCGUUGGCAGAUGAGAACGAAGAAGGGUACCCUGAAAGAUAUUCAGGCGAUCCCGUGGCGUCGACGCCUAAUAUAUUUAAAAAAAGAAAGCGGCGGGAUCAGAGUGACGACGGAGAGAAGGACCGAUUGGCGGAGAACAAAACUUUGCGGUCGUUUGGCCAGAUGAUUGUAGCAUCUAUUGGCGGGAUGAAUGAAAGGAAGCAGGCGAAAGCGAUCCAAAUAAUCACAAAUGCUGGGAUGGCAUUAAAAUUAGAGCCUGACGACUAA